UAUAAACUGGAAAUAUGCUAGCUGUACAAAUCGAUCCAAAUAUUAAAACAUCAUCAAAAACUCCUGUUGAGUUAUUACGUACCAACAUCCAAGAGCCAAACAAAGAGUUUGAUAGCUGAUUUUUCGACGAAUGUGAUAUCCCAGACGAAAUGGAUGAGAACUCACAAAUUUCUACUCCCCUAGCUUCAAUAACUGAUAAUAUGGAUGAGCAUAUACUCAUCAGGAAUAAGGGGUAUCUUAAAGCUAGUGACAAACUAGAAUUCACUGCUAGAAAGAAUUGUCUGACAUCUGUCAGAUUAAUUCCAGAAAUGCCCUUGAUCGAGUCUUAUAAGGCCCUAAAGAAGGGCUUCUCUCUUUGUCAGAAUAUGCCAGUCAAAUACAAGAAGAAGACUAGAGUCUUCAGAAGAACCCCUAACCGCUCUAAAAGUAGCUUAGGGAGGAAGAAAUCUUAUCUUUCUUCAUCUAAACAAACAAUGAUGAGCAAGAAGAACAAUAGAAAUAGAAGACUUGGUAACUGCAAAAAUAGAAGAACCAUGUCUAUUGAUCAAAAGUUCACUAGUACUGCUUUUGCUCCCCUAUAUAACAGUGGGAACUACACUUCCUCUUCAAGGCGUGCAGGGCAGAAAGUAACCAAUGAUUUUAUGUGAGCCGUUGAUGAGCAAAAUGAGUCAGAAAAUGACGAAUUUGCCAUUAGAGGAGUCACUAUGAAGGACAUCCUUCCUGUAUCAAAUUAACUUAACUUACUUAGCUAAUAAAUUUCAAUAUACUCUCUUUAUAACAAUGCAGGGUCUUCAGCUACAAGUCUAUUCCUUCACUUUAUUUCUGACUAUUUCUGAAUUAAACUUCAAUUUUGAUAAGAAAGUGUCACCAAGGUACUUUUAAGAAAUUCUUCCCGACACUUAUUAAAUUAAAGAUAAGGGAUGGAUCAAACAUCCAUUAUAAAGGACUAAAUGAUAGAAUUCAGAUUAAGGCCCUCCAUCUUGUAGGACUAUGACAUCUCGCUCUAAUGUAAGUGAAUCAUAAUGAGUAAAAAGACUUCAGUCAAGAGGUCUUAAAUUACAAUUCAAAAUUCGACUGGCAAUGUUUCCUUACAAAUUAUUUGUUAAUUUACCAUACUUUGUUUGUACUCGGGAAGUGCACAAUUAGGCAAUGAAAACUUAGAUUGUAGAUUGAUCUCAGGGAGGCAGUUCAGGUUGCGUAUCCUUUAAAUAAUAUAAUUAAUUGGCCUAGUCAUUAGAACUUGCAUUCAACUUAGAAAAAGUAGGAAAGAUUCGAAAGUGGCAGAGUUUAGAGUGAGAGUAUGGUUUUAAAAGUUUAGACUCGUUUUUAGGAGGUAAUGGAGUUAUAUAACACAUUUUACCUUCUUUUUGAUGCUAUGGUGCUUCUCAAUAUUAAUUUCUAACUAACACUACCACUUAGGCAGAAUUCUUAAUGAGCUUCAUAAACUAACAUAAAGUUUACUAAAUUUUUUAACACAAAAUUGUGGUAUUUCGGAAAAAUCACCAUCUUUAUUCGAUUUUUUUAAAUCGAAGAAAUUUACAUCAGUUUCUUUCUUAUUAAAAAUUUUGGUUAAUAAGUUAUC